AUGACACAACAAAUGAAAGAUCUGCAGCUGGCCCAGUCUAGGAAGCAGCCAGGACCCUCCUCUCCAAAUGCUGCCAAAAGGCUCUACCGGAACCUCUCCGGGAAAUUCCGAGUUAACUACAUGUCCUUUGAUGAAGGCAGCUUAGCAGGAAGAAGUGAAAAGGAGAAGUUGCGCAAGUCCUACCUUUUUCAAGGCAAUGCUGCUCUCUUUGAGGCUGUUGAGCUGCAGGAUCUUGAGAAAGUCCAGGAGCUGCUUAAGCAGUAUAGCCUGGAGGAGCUAGACCUUAACACCCCAAACAGCGAGGGUCUUCUGCCACUGGACAUUGCCAUCAUGACCAACAAUUCACCCAUUGCCAAAACACUGCUGCUGGCUGGAGCCAAGGAAAGUCCUCACUUUGUGAGCCUGGAGAGUCGGUCUUUGCACCUGUCAACACUGGUCCGGGAGGCAGAACUGCGUGUCAAUGAUCUCACGGCUCAAGUGGUGAAUGAGGUACCCAAUGCAGACUGCUCAGAAAAAGAGAAACAGCUGAAAGCCUGGGAGUGGCGCUAUCGGCUUUACAAGCGCAUGAGUGCUGGAUUUGAACAUGCUCGGGUUCCAGAUCCACCCACGAAUGUUCACCUUUCAGUGGCCAGCAGCAGUUCUGUGGAAGUUUCCUUCCAGGAGCCUCUAAGUGUCAAUUCAGCUGUUGUCACCAAAUACAAAGUGGAGUGGAGUUGCUCCCCCACCUUUUCCCCACCACUGGGAGAAGUGGUGAUCAACAAGCUGAAAAACCUGCGUGUCACCAUCCAUGGCCUCAUCUCGGGUACAGCUUACUAUGUCCAAGUGUCUGCCUACAACAUGAAGGGCUGGGGACCUCCUCAAGCUUCAGUGCCACCCUUUGCCAUUCCCUCAAACUGGAGAGAAUAUGAUGGGCGGGCACCACGUCGAAGAGGUCAAGCUGAAGCUUUAGACCACCUCCUCAACCAGGUGAAGAUGGGGCACCAGCACUGUGUGUGCCACGAGUCCUGUAAGAAUCAGACACAGAGCAGAAAGCAUUCUGUCUCCAAGAGCCUGAAAUAUCUCUUUCAUCCCGGAAGCAAAUUCUUAAAGACACUGAAAAGGGGCCUGUAUCUGGCAUCAAUAUUCUACAAAGAUGACAACAUAUUGGUGACACAUGAGGAUCAGAUCCCUGUGGUGGAGAUAGAUGAUACCUACUCUUGCCUGCUCAUGCAGGACUUCCUCUGGUUCACCAAGGUAUCUUGCAUGUGGGAUGAGAUCCUGUGGCUGCGUCAGUGUGUCACCGUCUCCCAGUCGUCCUGUUCCUGUGUCCUGCAAACCCGCCUCAAGAUGCUGCUGGCCAUCUCACAGAUGCAGGGUCUGCUGGGAAUCCAGGACCUAGGACAGGUCUUUUUUGAACCCAUCAAAGACAAGCAGGGGAAUAUUUUGGUUGUGACUCUAAAGGAGGUAAAGACGAACCAAACCUUUGAAAGUGUCCGCUGGAUCCCUCUCUCAAAGCUGCAGACAAACCGCAAAUCAAUCUCCUCUCCGGAAGAACCUACAGCUCUGGAUGUGCUGCUGACGACCAUGCAGGACAAACUGGCUUACCACCAACGAAGCAGCCAGGCUCUCCCUGCUGGUCUUUAUUUGGGCUACCUGAAGCUCUGCAGUGCGGUUGACCAGAUCCGAGUGUUGGUGCCUGAGCAGUUACCCAACAUUUUAUGUCACAUGAAGAUACGAAGCAACCCAAACAUCUCCAGGGAGGAAUGGGAAUGGCUCCAAAACCUGGCUCACAUGGAGGAACCCACUCCAGCAGAGCAAGACCUGGAGGCCACCUCAAAUCUCUUGCUUCAGGAGCUCCAAGGGGCCAUCAGAGAACUGAUGCAACUGGUCAACAUCCCACUGCACGAGGCCAGAGAUUUCCGUCUAUACAGUCAGGAAGUUCUGGACUUCGGAGGACAGGUCUCCUUUCUCCUGCUGCUGCCUCCCUCUGAUGACGUGUGCACUGCCCCCGGCCAGAAUAAUCCUUAUGCGCCUCGUUCUGGCUUUCUCACACUCCCUCUUCAGAUCUUUGAACUAGUACAUUUUUUCACUUAUGACCAUGAGUUCAUUAGCCAGUAUUGCCAAGUGUCUGCUCUCUUGGAGCUAGAGUCACUUCUCUCUCAACAGAGCCUCAGAGAGGCCUUCUCAGACUCAGAACUAACUACUGCCAAGCAGAGGCACCAGCAAGUGCAGGACUAUAUACAGCAAAUGGAGGAGAUUUGGCGGGAAAUGCGUUGGAUGAUGGAUGCCCUGCAGCAUGCCCGAUAUAAGCAGCCAUCUUGCGGCAUCCCACUUAUGUGGUUCAUUGAGGAAUCUAGUGCCACACUGAAGGAGAAAACUUCGUCAGCCUCUUCCCACAUGGACUUCCUUCCCUCGCCUAUGCCCUCUCCUGAAAUGAGCCGCAAGCUCAACUCUGAUUCUCACGGCAUCUCAGAUGAGGAGGGCUCAUCCGAAGUAUUCUUAGCAACGGACAGUGACUACGAUUCCAGCAGGGCCCAAAGCCCUAGGGAGCUUGACCUCGUUUACUCCUCUUCGGGACUUGACUGCUGUGGCAGGAAAAACCCCCGCCCUCUGCGGGACAGUGCCCCUGAUGUCCUACAGAGUCACGAGCUGAAGACACCCCCAGUUCCUCCAGAGGAGCCCCGGCCUCCCCCAGAGCUCUACGACAGCGACUUUGUACUACCUAGCCGGCAAAUAGAGCUUCUGCGCAUCACAGAGAAGAGGCAGGCCUACUGCGUGCGCACCAGCAGCCUGGACUUCCCCAAACCGUUCUGCCACGGGGCCAGGAAAUCGUGUCCUGGUUCCGUUGACAGCUCCCCAACAGAAAGCAGGACUGUAGGCCAUUGCAGCCCUGUGAGAUUUGGGACAGACUCGUCACUCAGCCCCAAGCACAGCUGGCCUGCGGAGAGCUCUGAGCCCGUCUUUCGGACACGCUCAGUGGAGUGGACUCGCACCUUCCAGGAGACACCUGAGCCAGGACACCUAACAAGCCAGGGCAAGUCACCAGGUUCCUUCACCUUGCGAGUGUGCCCUCAGUAUGAAACGGGACUCUCCAAAGAGACUAGUGUCAAGCUGCACAUCACCAACCAGAUGUCAGCAGAAGAUGUGGUGAAGCUGGUGGUGCAGGAGAUGAAUGAAGUCUCGCGCAACGUCCUGGGAAACGCGGAUGCUUUCUGCUACGGGGAAGAACAGCUGGGCCACUUUGGACUAGUGUUCGUGUCAGAGGAUGUUGAGCAGUGGCUUCCAAGUAGAGCCACAUUCCCCCAGGAUCUGUUUAGGUGCUACAUUUACAGCCUGCUCUUCAUGCUGGCAGGGGAGAAUGAGAAAGGCAGCUGCUUCCUGCGUGAUGAGGGCUACCUUCAAAGGUUGUACGUGCUGCGUGUGAGCAGUGGACCCCCGGCAGCAGUAACACUGCUCAGUGUGCAGCAAGAGGAGCUGCUAGGCGGCGCGCAGUUUGAGUGUCGUCCUUUGGCGAGUCGCGCCCGGUUCCAGCGGGUCCCCGCGCCUCCGAGUGGCGGGGAGGAUGGCCCCGGAGAUCGGCUUGGGGGGCCGCUAGACCUGCGCCUUGGCUGGGUGCAGACGUUCCUGUCCUCCGACGCGGGGCACCACGAUCUCCGCCCCCUCUCUUCUCCCCACCCCCGAUAG